AGACUCUCAGUUUGCAUCCUCCUCUGCUCGCUGAGCUCUGCCUCUCCUCCUCUCUCCCCCUCAACAUCCCAGACAGAUUUUUUUACUCCAAGAAAUACAGCCUUUUUCCUCCCGAAGCCCCUCAAGACACCGAGAACCGACCGUCACCAUGGAGGCCAUCAAGAAGAAGAUGCAGAUGCUGAAGCUGGACAAGGAGAACGCCAUCGACAGGGCGGAACAGGCCGAGUCUGACAAGAUCGCAGCCGAGGAUAAAUGCAAGCUGCUGGAGGACGAGCUGCUCGCCCUGCAGAAGAAACUGAAGGGGACGGAGGAUGAGCUGGACAAGUUCUCAGAGGCCCUGAAGGAUGCUCAGGAGAAGCUGGAACUCUCGGAGAAGAAGGCCGCAGAUGCCGAGGGCGAUGUGGCAUCCCUGACCCGCAGGAUCCAGCUGGUGGAGGAGGAGCUGGACCGUGCACAGGAGAGACUGGCCACAGCCCUGCAGAAACUGGAGGAGGCCGAGAAGGCGGCGGAUGAGAGUGAAAGAGGCAUGAAGGUGAUCGAGAACCGAGCCAUGAAAGACGAGGAGAAGAUGGAGAUUCAGGAGAUCCAGCUCAAAGAAGCCAAGCACAUUGCCGAGGAGGCCGACCGCAAAUACGAGGAGGUGGCUCGGAAACUGGUGAUCCUGGAGGGCGAGCUGGAGAGGGCGGAGGAGAGGGCAGAAAUCGCUGAACUUAAGUGUGGCGACUUGGAGGAGGAGCUGAAAAAUGUCACCAACAACCUGAAGUCCCUAGAGGCUCAGUCUGAUAAGUACUCUGAGAAAGAAGACAAAUACGAGGAGGAGAUUAAAGUGCUGAACGACCGACUUAAGGAGGCUGAGACCCGUGCAGAAUUUGCUGAGAGGACAGUGGCGAAGCUGGAAAAGUCCAUAGACGACUUAGAAGAGAACCUAUCAAAGGCAAAAGAGGAAAACAUAGGCAUGCACCAAGUCCUGGACCAAACACUGCUGGAGCUCAACAGCUUGUAAAAAAGGCCAAGAAGAGCAUCAAGCACAAACAAAUUUAAAACAACAACAAAAAAAAAAACAUCAUUUCUUUUGUAAAAGAUAUUUUCUACAUGCCAUCCAAUCUCUGUAACUUCACUCCUGUCUGUGGUUGUUAAUCACAUGUGCCCCUUUUUAUAUAUUUAUGGUUCUUUUUGUUUCUUUUCUAAUUUUUAAAAUGGUUUCGGGUCCAAAUGAUUUCAGUUUCAGUGCUGGAAAAAUUUUUUUUGGUGUAAAACAAAACUCUAAGCACAAAUAAAACUGAUCAUGAUCAUGGU